UCAGCCUCCUAAAGUGCUGAGAUUACAGGCGUGAGCCACCGUGCCUGGCCUUGUCUUGUUUUUUAAGAUUGAGAGUGAGUGUCUGAAGGGAAGGAGAAAUGAAAGAUUCAAUGGUAGGGAUUAGUUGAUGGGACAAAGUCUUUACAGAUGGAAGAGACCGUGAGUGGAAGAGUUGGUCUUCCCAAGUUAAUUUCACCACAUUACUGUUUUUGUUUGUUUGAUUUGGUGGUGUUUUGUUUUCUAAGGCAGAUUUCCUAACAUCCUUUAGUACAGUAUUGGGGGCAUCAGUUUGGGAAGUGCUGGUCUAGUCUAAGAGCAUCUUAAGGACAGGGAUCUCAUUCAUCUGAGUUGUGGCCGUGGAACAUAAUAGUAAUGAUGAUAGGAAGAGGUGGACAAAGUAAGGAAAGGAAGAGCAUUCACCCCGACCGGGGAGAUGACGCAGUAAGUGUGCUGUGGGUGCAGGCAGAGAUGGAGGAGUGAAGCCGGAGUUCACAGUCAGUGGCCCCCAUCCUGUCAGCUGUGCAGAGACACAACCAACUCCCUAGAGCACAUGGGGUGGAGGUGCCACUGUCAGCCUUUUCUGCCCUUACUCUUUCACUCGCAUUUUAAUAUAUGCACAGGAUAUGAAUGCCUUGCCAUUGCAGACAUUUGAGUAGCACACCCCUGCUGGUCUUUAACACUAUUUUUUGCAUUUCCAGUUGAUGCUUUCUGAGUGGUUAAUUGAUGUCCCUUCAGAUUUGGGGCAGGAAUGGAUUGUGGUCGUGUGCCCUGUUGGAAAGAGAGCCCUUAUCGUAGCCUCCAGGGGUUCUACCAGUGCCUACACCAAGAGUGGCUACUGUGUCAACAGGUUUCCCUCCCUUCUGCCAGGAGGCAAUCGGCAAAACUCAACAGCAAAAGACUAUACCAUUCUAGAUUGCAUUUACAGUGAGGUAAACCAGACCUACUACGUUCUAGAUGUGAUGUGCUGGCGGGGACACCCUUUCUAUGAUUGCCAGACUGAUUUCCGAUUCUACUGGAUGCAUUCAAAGUUACCAGAAGAAGAAGGACUGAAAGAGAAAACCAAGCUCAAUCCUUUUAAAUUUGUGGGGCUAAAGAAUUUCCCUUGUACUCCUGAAAGCCUGUGUGAUGUGCUGUCUAUGGAUUUCCCUUUUGAGGUAGAUGGACUUCUCUUCUACCACAAGCAGACCCACUACAGCCCCGGAAGUACUCCUUUGGUGGGCUGGCUGCGCCCCUACAUGGUGUCAGAUGUCCUCGGUGUGGCUGUGCCAGCUGGCCCACUGACCACCAAGCCAGAAUAUGCUGGACACCAGCUCCAGCAGAUUAUGGAGCACAAGAAGAGCCAGAAGGAGAAACUCACACACAAGGCCUCCGAGAGUGGGCACUAUGAGUUGGAGCACCUGUCUACCCCCAAGUUGAAGAGUUCUCCCCACAGCCCAGACCAACCUGGAAGCCUCAUGGAGAAUUAAAGUGGGAAGCCUCCUGAAGGAGCCACAGGAUGGUACCUAGCCCCAAAGGGAAUAUGGGAGGGGAGGACAGUAAUAACAGGUGACUUCAUUCUUUAGAGCGAACUUUACAAAGCCAGCCUGGCCAGAAACAGCUUAUCUAUAAUCUGAAAUGCUGGCUCAAACAGUUGUGGGGAGGCUCCCAGAUUGGGUAGCAUUCAGGCUGAUUUGAGCAGCUCCUACUGUGAUAAGUGUAUCCUAGAUCCGCAAUGUAAAUAUAUGUGAUUCAUAAGAAAGAA